AUGGGCAAGAAAACAAAUCCAUCUGGUAUUCCCCCUUCAAACCAGCAAGAGAAAAAGCCAACUGAAAGCACUCCCACAAAGAAAAGUUCACAUUUUUUUCUGGAGAUUGAUGGUUUUGAAAGCAAUGCAACUCCAAAUAAUACAUCUCCUCCUGUGUUUUCAAAACCAAUGGAUUCAAAUAUUCGUCCAUGUGCAUCUGGAAAUGGGGAAGAUAUGGAUUCUCCACAAUCUCUUCAGGAUGAUGCAACUGAAUAUAGUCCUAAUGUAGACAGCUGUUGUGCUAACAUAUCACAAGGACCUGAGCAGACCAGUGCCCGGAAGAAGUUGAAAAAAUACAUAUUUCGGGCAGUAUCUGAGGGGAAUAUCGAAGAAUUGCGAUGUCUGCUCGCCGAGCUGAAGGAACGAUCAAAUGCCUGUAUGAACAUGACUGUGCCAGAUUAUCUGAUGAAAAAAUUCACAGCUUCAGAUACUGGCAAAACUUGUCUGAUGAAAGCUCUGCUGAACAUCAAUCAAAACACAAAUGAGAUAGUGAAUAUGCUACUAUCCUUUGCAGAAGAAAAUGGUAUUUUGGAGAGAUUUAUCAAUGCAGCAUACACAGAAGAGGCAUAUAAAGGCCAGACAGCUCUAAAUAUUGCCAUUGAAAGAAGACAAUAUGAAAUAACUCAGAGCCUUAUAGAAAAAGGAGCUGAUGUCAAUGCUUAUGCCCAGGGUAUUUUCUUUAAUCCCAAACAUAAGCAUGAAGGCUUUUAUUUUGGUGAAACUGCACUGGCAUUAGCUGCAUGUACCAAUCAACCAGACAUAAUUCAGCUGCUAAUGGACAAUACCAGGACUAAUAUUACUUCUCAGGAUUCCAGAGGAAACAAUAUCCUCCAUGCAUUAGUAACUGUGGCAGAGGACUUUAAAACCCAGAAUGACUUUGUAAUCAGAAUGUAUGAUAUGAUUUUAUUGAAAAGUAAAGACAGAAAUUUGGAAACAACAAGGAAUAAGGAGGGUUUGACACCACUACAGUUAGCUGCAAAAACUGGGAAAUUAGAGAUUCUGAAAUACAUCCUGAGCAGAGAAAUAAGAGAUAAGCCUAACAGGAGCCUGUCAAGAAAAUUCACAGAUUGGGCUUAUGGUCCUGUUCAAUCUUCUCUUUAUGAUCUGACAGAACUAGAUACCACUGCAGACAAUUCAGUAUUGGAAAUUAUAGUCUAUAAUACAAAUAUUGGUAACCGUCAUGAAAUGCUGACUUUGGAGCCUCUGAAUUCACUCCUGCGAAUGAAAUGGAAGAAGUUCGCACGGCACAUGUUCUUUAUGUCAUGCUGGUUUUAUUUCCUAUACAAUGUAACAUUAACGUUGGUUUCCUACCACAGGCCUAAUGAAAAUGAAGCUCCACCUUACCCACUAGCUUUAACACGUGGUGUGGGAUGGCUGCAGUUAUCGGGACAGGUGAUGGUUAUGUUAGGAGCAAUAUUUUUAGCCAUAAAAGAGAGUGUAGCCAUAUUUCUGCUUAGGCCUUCAGACCUACAGUCAAUUCUCUCUGAUGCCUGGUUCCACUUUGCGUUUUUUAUACAAGCUUUGCUUGUGAUCUUCUCUGUCUUUUUGUACUUGUUUUCCUACAAAGAACACCUCGUGUGUCUUGUUUUGGCAAUGGCCCUGGGAUGGGCUAAUAUGCUCUAUUUCACCAGAGGUUUCCAGUCCAUGGGCAUUUACAGUGUUAUGAUUCAAAAGGUCAUCCUGCAUGAUGUGAUAAAAUUUUUAGUUGUCUAUAUCGUGUUUUUGCUGGGAUUUGGCGUAGCUCUUGCUGCAUUGAUUGAAACUUGCCAAGAUGGCAGUGAAUGCCAUUCCAACAGCAGUCUGGGACCUGUUCUGAUGGAUCUUUUCAAGCUCACCCUAGGACUGGGUGAUCUGGAGAUCCAGCAAAAUUCAAAGUAUCCUGUACUAUUUCUUCUGCUUCUUAUAACUUACGUUGUGUUGACUUUUGUUCUUCUCUUGAACAUGCUGAUUGCGUUAAUGGGAGAAACAGUGGAAGAUAUUUCUAAAGAGAGUGAGCACAUCUGGAAGCUUCAGAGAGCCAGAACUAUUUUGGAAUUUGAAAAAUUCUUACCAAAACGUUUGAGGAAAAAAUUCCAACUGGGAGAACGAUGUAAAGUGGCUGAAAAUGACAGCAGGGUGUGUUUAAGGAUUAAUGAAGUGAAAUGGACCGAGUGGAAAACACAUGUUUCAUUUAUUAAUGAAGAUCCAGGGCCGGCAGGUACUGCAGAAUUUUAUCCAAGCAAAAGUCAAGAUAAUUCAAGAACUAAUAGCAAAACCACCCUGAAUACAUUUGAAGAAAUGGAUGAUUUGCCUGAAACGUCUGUUUAG